AUGAUGAACGUCGAUUCGAUUUCCGAUUUCCUGGCAGAGCAGCGGGACCAGGCCCCGGAAGAGCUCCAGCCCCUCUUCCUUGACUUUGAGAAUUUCUGGGAGCGCAAGCUUUGGCAUCAGCUCACGGAUGCCUUGGUUCAGUUCUUCAGUCACCCUGACAGCGCCCCCCAGCGCUUGUCCUUCUACAAGGUCUUCAUUCUCAAGUUCGCCGACAAAAUCAAUCAAUUGAAGCUGGUGGAUCUGGCAUUGAAGGCUGCCACUCAGUGUAAAGACGAUCAAGAGCGCUUGGCCUUCUUGCAAUCGGUGGUGAAGAAGGUCGACAAAGAGAACUCCCAGGAUGCCCUUGUGUUCGCCUCGGUGGCUGUGGCGCGGGUCAAGCUGAACUUGAACGAGCUCGACGAUGCCAGGAAGGAUCUCGACGCAGCCGAGCGGAUACUCGACUCUUUUGACUCUGUCGAGACGAUUGUCCAUGCGGCCUUUUAUGAUGCCAAUGCAAGCUACUAUCAGCGCAAGAUGGACUUUGCAAACUACUAUCGCACUGCUCUGCUAUACCUCGCUUGCAUCGAUUUGACGUCCCUCUCCGCCGAAGAGCGCCACCGAAGAGCCUACUAUCUGAGCGUGGCCGCUCUGGUAUCGAACAGCAUCUACAACUUUGGCGAGUUGCUCCUGCAUCCCAUUCUCGAUGCCCUGGCUCAGAGCAACGAGGAUGCUUGGCUUCGAGAGCUGCUGUUUGCCUACAACCGUGGCGACCUCGCUGCCUACGACGUGCUCUCCGAAAACAUCUCCUCCAACAAGCUCCUCAACGAGCACUCUACUCAUCUCCGGCAAAAGAUCUACCUUGCCGCCCUCACAGAAGCCGUCUUCCGCCGGCCACCACAUGACCGAACCAUGACAUUUGCGACUAUUGCGCAGGAAACCAAAGUUCGGGCUGAAGAGAUUGAGCAUCUCAUCAUGAAGGCCCUGAGUCUGGGCCUCUUGCGUGGGACAAUCGACCAGGUAGACGAGAUUGCGCGCAUUACGUGGGUGCAGCCAAAGGUACUGGACAUGAAGCAGAUUGGCAAUAUGCGACAACGGCUACUCGACUGGGAUUCGAAUGUCAACCAGCUCGGCAACUGGAUCGAGGCUGCCGGCAAGGACGUAUGGGCGGCAUGA